ACUUGACAAUCUAUAACUAGAAAUAACCAUGAAAUUCAUCGUCGCUUUCUUGGCUGUACUUGCCGUUGGCUCCGUAAGUGCUAACCCACUCGUGCAAUUGGACGGUGUUGUUAACGGUCUGGGAUGCAACUUUAAAGGCAUCAUUAACGUUCUUUCAUGCGCAAUCAAGCAACUGGUCGGAACCGUUGCUCAAAUCUUGGAACAAUUAGUUUGUGCAGUCACUAAAGCUUUGAACGGCAUUGUUGCUCAAAUUAACUGCCUUACUGUACUCGAUGGAUGCGGUCUUACCGGUGUUGUUACUGGUCUUAUCGGAACUAUUGGAUGUACUCUCAACGAUGUAAUCCAACAAGUUCAAUGCAUCCUUGGAGAUGUCACCGGCAAUCUUGAUGAACUUCUUUGUUCGCUCGAGGUUCUACUCAACACCCUCCUUUGCGCCGUCCAAGAUCUCCUUCAAACUGUCGUUGCAGCCGUUGCCGAACUCCUCUGCAAAGUCAGCAAAGCCAUUGAUGAAGCUUUGGCUCAACUCCAAUUUGCUAUCAAGGCAGUUGUCCAAGUUAUUAACGACACCCUGAAGUGUCUUCUCGAACAGCUCCAAAACAGCCCACUCGGUUGCGCUCUGGACGGACUUCUGGGACAAGUUUCCAUUAUUGUCGGAGAUCUUUUAUGCGAAGUAGCUAAACUUGCUGAUGGUCUCGUUGCUAACGUACGAGUAGUUCUACGCAAACUAAACAUUGAAUUGCAAAAAAUUCUUUGCCAUCUUCAGGCGGCAUUGGGCAACCUGGGGCUCGAAUGCCCAUGCUAAAUUGAUGAGUUGUAGACUUCUCGUCUCGAUGACCGACCGAACUUAAUCGAACGUGAACGUGAAAUUAGCUUUUAAGUUAGAAAAUAAUAAAAUUGCAAGAACGAAAA